AAGACGGAUUUCAAAGGCCCGGCGAUGAUCAGCUUAUCACCCGAGCUCUGGUUCUUUGUGCAAAAAUAUAUCCACCUGGCAAGAAGAUUGCCGAACUUCGUCUUCAAGAUGUCGGAUUCCAUUUUCAUUAAAUGGCCCACGGGGGGAAAACCUCCACAGCCACUCGACAAUUCAGGCUUAAACAAAGGUCUCGGCAGAUUGUGGAAUACAAUGUUCGGUUCAAACAAACCGAUUUCUACAACUAGGCUCAGAAAAUCCGUUGUCACCGAAGUCAGAAGGGCUGUACCCACUUCAAGGGAUGUGCUAGCUAGGCACAUGUCCCAUGAGCCUUCCACGGCCGACAGAUAUUAUCACAUGUCAGACAAAUCAAAGAUGGCGGUGCCCGUGUCCAGGCUCAUAACGGCUGUCAUGGAAGGGGAAAGUGAAGCAAUAAGAACUAUCAAACAGAUUGCACAGACGAGCUCCAUUCAAGAGAUAUAUCUUAAUGCACUUAUAUCGCAGACAGGUACUGAGGAAGGUAGUUCAAACCCUAACCCUACCCCUGAUUCUGACUCUCCAAAG